AUGUCAGGAGAAGUGCCUACUUUCAAAUUGGUUUUGGUUGGUGACGGUGGUACCGGUAAGACCACGUUCGUGAAGAGACAUUUGACCGGUGAGUUCGAGAAGAAGUACAUCGCGACAAUCGGUGUUGAGGUGCACCCUCUAUCAUUCUACACAGACUUCGGUGAGCUGAAGUUCGACGUCUGGGACACAGCGGGACAGGAGAAGUUCGGUGGUCUGAGAGACGGUUACUACAUCAACGCUCAAUGUGGUAUCAUUAUGUUCGACGUCACCUCGCGUAUCACCUACAAGAACGUGCCUAACUGGCACCGUGACCUGGUGCGUGUGUGUGAGAACAUCCCUAUCGUGCUGUGUGGUAACAAGGUCGAUGUCAAGGAGAGAAAGGUCAAGGCCAAGACCAUCACCUUCCACAGAAAGAAGAACUUGCAGUACUACGAUAUCUCUGCCAAGUCCAACUACAACUUCGAGAAGCCUUUCUUGUGGCUAGCCAGAAAGCUGGCCGGUAACCCACAGCUGGACUUCGUCGCCUCCCCAGCCCUGGCUCCUCCAGAGGUCCAGGUCGACGAGGCCUUGAUGCAUCAGUACCAGCAGGAGAUGGAGCAGGCCACUGCUCUGCCCUUGCCUGACGAGGACGACGCCGACUUGUAA